CGUGUUUAACCGAACUGGUGGCUCCAACUCGGCGCGUGAGCUGCUCAGCAUUUUAGAAAGAGGGUGGUCGUCAGCCAGCCGAAGAAGAUGGACACGAUGAUGCAGAACAAGAGAAUAAGCAACACGUCUCGGUGGUUCUCGUAAACGUCGAAGGCGCGUCGAAGCAUCUUCACGCCGUGGAUAUCUUCAACGACUUUAAACUCAUAUAACGCUGAAGUGAAAACGCCAAACUAUAUGUCGGCCUCUAACAGUGUUGUUAAUGUUGUGUGGAACGCAUCUCAGUGUAUUUAUUUUAUUUGGUCAACAUCAAAGCGUUAAAGAGCGAACGCUGGUUACGUCACAAAGGUGUGUGUUUCGCGCUUCGUCGGACAGACAAAAUGGAGGAGCAGUUCUCUAUCGGUACCGUGCAGAGUCUUCUGUUGAAGCUCGCGCUGGAAAAUCAAGAGCUCUCCUUGAAGAAGAGUGACGUCAACCAACAAAUUAAAAUUUGCAAAGCAGCAAUAGCAAAGCGACAGCUUUCCAUUGAAGCCACACAGAGCAACAUCCAGAGGCUCGACAGUGAAGUGCAGAGCCGGCAGAACACAGUCAAGCACAGCAGAGACACUUUAGAAGGUUUAAAGGAGACCAACAAACACCUCCGGCACUAUGAGCACACCCUCAAAGCAGAACUGGAAAACACAAAAACAAACUUCGACAGAGACAAGGCGCUCUAUGAAGAAAGGAUCAACAACUACAGGGAGACGUUUCAAAAGCAAAAAAACUAUUUUUGCCAAAGUCCUCUGGCCCAAAAGCUCAUCCAGCUGCAGGGGGAGAUGGAAGACAUAGAGACCCGAAUCAAGUCUCAUGACGAGAAGAUAGACGCCAGGCAGCAGGAGCUGGAUCGCCUCACUGCUGCUUCGGCUUCAACUGAGAAACCAGUUGACAGUGAUCAGCACCUGAAGCAUGAAGGGACUCAACUGGACACUUCCACUUCAGAGGAGGCACCUCUUCACCUCAGCCAGCAACAAGAAGAGGAGCCAAAUGAGGAAGACGUUCCUGAGGAAAAGGAGCUCCAGGAGGAGGCUGGUGCUCCAGACAUCGGCAAUGAUGGGUUUGUGUGUGCAGACGAGUGGAAAGAUCAAUCUGAUGAGAUCCAUGCCGAGGAACACGUGCAGGAAACUGAACCUUUCAUCCAGGAGAAGAUGGAGGUGAUCCCUCAAGAAGAAGAGGAGACGGAGAAAGAGACAGGGCGAGAGGUUUCAGCUGAAAUGGACACAACAGAGGACCACGCUGCUCUUCCUCAAAAGCAACUUGAAGAAAAUCCUUUUGACUCUCAGCCAGCAGCUGUGGCUCCAGCCUUCAUGUUCGACUUCGGGUCCAGGGAUUCUCCGUGUGCCUCUGACGCCAAAUCUCCAGCUUCCUUCUUCUCCGCACACUCUGAGCCUAGUGGGUCUGUGUGCACAGAUUUUGGAUUCAAUGUUGACUCCCCGCCUGAGGACUGCUUUGCUUUUGCUAACUCUUUCUUCGUCGAAAAGAAAUCCUCUGACUCAAAACCUGGUGGAAGUGACUUCCUGUUCAACCAAUCGAUGCAAAAUGAGGACUUCCAGUUUCCCUUUGACGCCAACAGCCCCGACACGGGUGAGAUGGAUUCCAGCAAGGAUGAGUUUCCAUUCAACUUUUAGCACCACAAGUUUCAGAAGAAGUUUCAAAAGACGGUGAGGAUGCAAAGAUAUAGUUCCAGUCUUUUAUUGUAAAAGAGCCGCAUUAAUGUUCAGAGAUUUAUAUUACACUUUCUGUUCAAUACAAGGGUAGCGCAUUACAUCAUAGAACUUCUCUAAUUUACACAUUAUUACAGUUACAUUCAAGAAAUUUGCUUGGUUUGUUGAGGAAAAUAAACAUUUAAUUUGCCAGUCUGCGUAUCUGUCUCUAACAGUAGUCUGUCCACAUGUAAGUAAGUAGUUAUAAGUGCAGUUGGCCAACAUUUCAGUGCUUAUUCUAAGGUUAUUUUCUGGUUCUACUGCAGAAGGUUUGAACAACACUGAGAUUAGAACCCAGCGUCGACACUCAGCGAGCGGCGCGUCACAUGCUCGAUCUCUCCAGGGACGUAUUCGCAGAAGCUGGUCUGAUACCGGGCCAACAUCUUGAGCAGAGGCCGCAGGUUGAUCCACCACUGAACUUUUGGCAUCCGGUGUCUUAAAAAACAAACAAAAACAAAAAAAAAGUGAAAUAUUUUUAGUUCAGUCAGAUCAUUUUAUUUGCAUGGGUGUUUCUUCUGGUGUCUUUAGAUGUACAUCCUAUCCUUUGUUUUUUAUGUGUACUAUCAAAUUGUGCCAAGAUGAGUGUACUUUGAAAGUGCCUGACCCAAUUCUCACCGUAACACUUGGCCGUGAACGUUCACAUGUAAGUGUAGUGUGUCCCAAUCCUCCUAAAACCAGGGACGCCCACUGUUCACCACUUGAAAUGAUCCCUUCCAACUGAGGGAGCACCGAAGCUGACUUGAAACCAAGUGGGAAGAUGACGUGUUGAUAGAUUCCCUGGAUACCAACGUGUGAAUUGAAUAACAUUAAUGAAAAACUAUGGUGUCAUUUUAGUAACAGACUACUCCUCCGUUUGUUUACUUCCUACUCAUGUCAGACAUUUGCCAACUAAAGGGUCUACCGUGCAGUU